CGAGGGCUGGUCGCACUGCAGAGCGUAAACUAAUGGUUUUUAGGGUAAAUCAGUGGUAGGCGGUCUCACUUGUUCCACUGUCAGGGUCUCGGAGCUACUAUGGGCCUAAAAUCCCAGCACCCGGCCCUCCCCUGCAAGCAGAGUCACACGGCGCCGAUACUCGUCGGGUAUGUUUUCCUUUGUGUUUGAAUUCGCUGAGGCUGGUCCGUUCCCUUGGCUUCAGUCCAGACCUCUGACAGCUUGUGUUGCCUGAGGAAGAAGCCCUGAAGUUGAAGAAGAGGAAAGAAGAGGAGUCAGGCGUGGCUCUUUCUCAGGGAUCGUUGACAUUCACUGAUGUGGACAUAGAGUUCUCUCAGGAGGAGUGGGAAUGCCUGGACCCUGCUCAGAGGACUUUGUACAGGGACGUGAUGCUGGAGACCUACAGGAAUCUGCUCUCUGUGGAUAUCUCUUACAAACCUGUGAUCAAGAAAUUACAACUGAAGACAAACUCUGAUAGAGGAGAGGUAUUCAAGUCAUGGAUACUGGCAAGACCUGAAAGGAAUGAAAUGGACCUUUCUUACCUUAGGGUCAUUCAGGAAAAUAUAUAUGACUUUCAGUCUAAGCAGAAAGAUGAGGAAGAAAAUUACAAAGGAAUGCUUAUAACCCAUAAUGAAAAUCUCACUGAUAAUAAAGAUCAACAUGAUGAAAGUGUUGCCAGAAUCAAGCCUAUUGAAAAUUGGCUUGCCUUAAGCUUUCAGGAUGAACUGCAUAUUUUUAAAAGUGAAGACAAAACUGAUAAAUUCAUUCAACCUGACAAGAUUCUCAACAGUUGUGUCCCAUUUUCACUGCUUCAAAGAAUUUCUUCUAGCAUAGAAAUGAAUGUUUCUGAUAUAUAUUGGAGUAAUUACAUGCACCCUUUAAUAGUGACACAAAACCAGGAAGCACAGAGGGAAAGACUUUACAAAUGCGGUGAGGAUGGCAAAAUCUUUCUUCAGAGAUCAAACCUCAGUAGACAUCAGGUCAUCCAUACAGAGGAGAAAUUACAUAUAUGUGAUGUAUGUGAAAAAGUCUUUAGUCGAAAUUCACACCUUGCAAAUCAUCAGAGAAUUCAUACUGGAGAAAAACCUCACAGAUGUAAUGAGUGUGGCAAGCUCUUUGGUCAAAAAACACACCUUACAAAUCACUUGAAAAUUCACACUAGAGAGAAACUUUACAAAUGCAAUGAGUGUGGCAAGGUCUUUAGUCAAAAAGCAACCCUUCCACGGCAUCAGAGAAUUCAUUCUGGAGAGAAACCCUAUAGAUGUAAUGAGUAUGGCAAGGUCUUUAGGGAAAAGGCAACCCUUGUGUUUCAUCAGAGAAAUCAUACUGAUGAGAAACCUUAUAAAUGUAAUGAGUGUGGGAAGUCCUUCCAUUACAGCACAAAAUUUCAUAGACAUCAGUUAAUCCACACGGAAGGGAAAUUAUAUAAAUGUGAUAUAUGUGACAAAAUGUUCCAUCAUAAUUCCAGCAUUCCAAGACAUAAGAGAAUUCAUACUGGAGAGAAACCUUACAAAUGUGAUGAAUGUGGCAAGGCCUUUAGUCAAAAAUCAAACCUUGAAAUUCAUCAGAGAAUUCAUACUGGAGAGAAACCUUACAAAUGUAAUGGUUGUGACAAGGUCUUUAGUCAGAAAGUACACCUUAGACGUCAUCAGAAAAUUCAUACUGGAGAGCAACCUUACAAAUAUAAUGAGUGUGGCAAGGACUUUAGUCAAAAAGAAAGUCUUGCAGUUGAUCAUCAAAGAAGUCAUUCUGGGGAGAAACCUUACAAAUGUGAUGAGUGUGGCAAGGUUUUCAGUAGAAGGAAUUACCUUCCAAUUCAUAAUAGAAUUCAUACUGGAGAGAAACCUUACCAAUAUAAUGAUUGUGGCAAGCUUUUUCGGUAUAAGUACAGCCUUGCAAGCCAUCUGAUUAUUCAUACUGGAGAGAAACCUUACAAAUGUAACGAGUGUGGCAAGCUUUAUCGGCAUGAGAACAGCCUUACAAGCCAUCUGAGGACUCAUACUGGAGAGAAACCUUACAAAUGUAAUGAGUGUGGGAAGGUCUUCAGCAGCAAGAAAUACCUUAUACUUCAUAAUAGAAAUCAUACUGGAGAGAAACCUUACAAAUGUAAUGAAUGUGGGAAGGUCUUCAGCAACAAGAGCUACCUUACACAUCAUAAUACAGUUCAUACUGGAGAGAAACCUUACAAAUGUAAAGAGUGUGGCAAGAUGUUUCGGCGAACAUCCGCCCUUUCAGUUCAUAAGCAUGUCACCAAAGAACUCUUCAAAUGUUAUGGAUUUGGUGAAUUUUGUGAGCAUUACUUAAAAGAGAGCCCACAGCAGGGAAUAGAUAACUGUAAAUGA